AUGAGGGGAUUCCCCGCUUUCAGCCUCAAACUCCAGACAACACUGACAACUCAGACCCUUGAACGACAUCUUGGUCGCAAGAAGAGAGCCCCCAACGCCGAGAUGGACCCGACUCUUUCGUCCAUGUCCUUUACAGACUAUGCAGAUCAGAGUCAGAGUGCACUUUUCUCUAUCCUUCCUCCGGAGAUUCGCUCGGAGAUAUUUGCCUUUGCCCUGGCCAGUGCCCCGGACACCACUCAGCCCAUUGACCAGGAUGAAUAUUGCAUACGACCCGGGUACGAGACUCGCCACUUUAGCUGGACACAGCUGCUUCGAACCUGCAAGCGAGUCUACAUGGAGGCGUGGUUCAUGCCAUUCAUCUGGUCCGAGCAUACAUUCUAUAUGGCCCGAGCAGAUCGUUCUCCCCGCCGAACCAUGUCCGUCAGGAAGAUGCAAGAAUGUCUUGACUUGAUCUAUCAUCGACAUGGAGAAGUUCAAGGCGGUCAGGUACGACUGUUUGCACAGCUUUUUAUGCUCGAAAAAUCCCGGGACUUUAUGGGACUCUUCAACCCAGGCCUACCCCAUUUCUACCCCAAAUCCGUCACCAUCACUUUACGAUAUACGGAUACCUGGGAAUGGGAAGUAAAUCGAGCCCUCCAUAUCUCUGGCAAAUGGUGUCGAUGGAUGGUGCUGCCGAGGAGUGUGACGAGCUUCAAAAUGGACAUUGAAAGCAUCGAGCGGCGCAAAGACGAGGUGGACUAUAUUGCGAACGAAGCCGCAAAGAAAUGGCACUUCAAACGCACUGAUGGUGUUAAUCUCCUGGCUCAAUCAUCCGAUAUUUCCAUCUCCCGGUGGACUGGGAGCUCUAUUCUGGGCGGCAGGCGCUGGGUGCGAGAUGAAGUGCGGCCUGGUCAGCUUGAUUACUAUGUUGCGACAGUAACCUGGCGACCUUCAGAGGACUCCAUCGGCGAUCGCCCACAAAGAGCCCCGGAUCUUACUGUCGAAUGGGCUCGACCAUUGCCUCCCAACUUAGGAUACGAUUGUCUCCCGGAAGAUACAUUGCAGAGACUCAAUAUCUCCAUGGACACCCCCGCCGAAGAGGCAGUCGCGCAAUUCGCCACUCUGACUGUCACGGAGAGGUCAUUGGUACUUACGUAA